AUGCCAACAAUAACGCCGGAUAUCCUGGUUUUGACGCUGAUGAUAAUAUUUGUUGCUGGUAUGGUCAAUGCUAGGCCUAAAAUUGGAAGAAGAUUUUGUGCACAUUAUCCCUUUGCUCCCCGAUGUUUGGGCGUUGCAGCGAAAAGGGAUGGGGAAGGAACAAAUAAAAUGACCAACAGUGGUAUACCAGACUAUGGAGACCUUUCCUCAAUUGUUUUACGAUCCAAAAGCGAUAUCGAUGAUAAUCCAGUUGACGUUUGGGACAGUCAUGAAGGAGGCGAUGACGUCAACAAGGCAGUUAUUGUACCAAUAGGUGUCCUGAGUAAAAUACUUGGUUCAAAACCAGCAGCAGAGCUGAAUAGAGCACAGAAGAGACGGCGUGACAUGUGGAUGGACUAUGACACUGGCCGGGAGUAA